AUGGGUUCAGAGGAUGCCAGAGAAUAUGGAGAAUCAUUCAAUCAAACCUCCCAACAUGAGUCCAACCUGGACGAAAAAUAUCCAAACCGUCCUCGAAAUCAUUCCCAGAGUCUACCGUUUCACGAGCUCUUCAAGACGCUUUUCAACCCGUUGAGCGAAAUCAAAAGGAAGCCGACAGUAGCCGCCGCACCGCGUCGAAAAGUCGGACCUCAGGGUCAAUCUGCCGCGAACCUCAGCCCGUUUGAAAAACGACGCGACGUGAUCGAGCAGUUUAUCUCACGAUGGAGGAAAGAUGUGGGCGAUGAUAUUUAUCCUGCCUUCCGGCUGAUUCUCCCGGACAAAGAUCGGGAUCGGGCCAUGUACGGCAUCAAGGAGAAGGCCAUCGGAAAGUUGCUGGUGAAGAUAAUGAAGAUUGACAAGAACUCGGAGGAUGGGUUUAACCUUCUGAACUGGAAGCUCCCGGGACAGACGGUUGCGUCGCGGUUCAUGGCGGGGGACUUUGCGAGACGCUGUUACGAUAUCAUAUCCAAACGACCCAUGAGGAGGGAGGUAGGGGAUAUGUCCAUUGAAGAGGUGAAUGAAAAGUUGGAUCAGCUUUCGGUUGCUUCGAAGGAGGAACAACAGCUACCUAUUAUAGCGGAGUUUUAUCGGAGGAUGAACCCCGAGGAGCUGCUGUGGCUCAUCCGGAUUAUUCUUCGGCAGAUGAAAGUCGGUGCUACGGAGCGGACAUUCUUUGAUGUGUGGCAUCCGGAUGCUGAAAGGCUCUACAGCAUAUCUAGUAGCCUUCAGCGUGUUUGCUGGGAGCUGCAUGAUCCUAAUAUCCGACUGGAGGCCGAAAACAAGGGGAUAAUGUUGAUGCAAUGCUUUCAACCGCAGCUAGCUCAGUUCCAGAUGCAAUCCAUAGAUCGGAUGAUUACUCGAAUGAGGGUGACAGAAGAAGAUCCCGUGUUUUGGAUCGAGGAAAAGCUCGAUGGGGAGCGCAUGCAACUUCAUAUGGAGUCUGAUGACUCGGUUCCGGGAGGAAGGAAAUUUUGUUUCUGGUCGAGGAACGCAAAGAAUUACACUUAUCUUUAUGGGAAUGGCUUGGAGGACCCGAAUGGUGCCUUGACCAGGCACCUCAAAGAUGCCUUUGCAGAUGGGGUCAAAAGCUUGAUUUUGGACGGCGAGAUGAUUGCUUGGAAUCCUGAGCAGGAUGCGCCGGAACCUUUUGGCACUUUGAAGACGGCUGCAAUAGCGGAACAAAGAAACCAGUUUUCGAACGGAUCCCGGCCGCUAUUUCGGAUUUUUGAUAUGCUGUACUUGAAUGGACAUGACCUGACAAGGUACACGCUCCGGGAUCGUCGAAAUGCCCUGCAGAAGAGUGUACAGUCCGUAUACCGUCGGUUCGAAGUCCAUCCUUACGAAGAAGCAACGGACAAGGAACAAGUUGAAGCAUCGCUUCGAAGAGUUGUGGAAGAGGCUUCUGAGGGGUUAGUGCUCAAGAAUCCCAGGUCUCCUUAUCGCCUGAAUGAACGGCAUGACGACUGGAUGAAGGUGAAGCCUGAGUAUAUGACCGAGUUUGGAGAGUCCUUGGAUCUGAUCGUAAUUGGGGGUUAUUAUGGCAGUGGCCAUCGCGGAGGUGCCCUUGCCAGCUUCCUAUGUGGACUAAGGAAAGACAAUGUCACCUCUUCACAAGGGACAAAUGUCUCCAAAUGCUACUCUUUCUGUAAGGUCGGAGGUGGGUUUACAGCCGCUGAUUACGCGAACAUUCGCCAUCAUACCGACGGCAAAUGGAUGGACUGGAUCCCGAAGAAGCCGCCAACGGCGUACAUCGAGCUGGCGGGUGAAAACGCCGAAUUUGAGCGUCCGGAUCAAUGGAUCAAGCCGGAGGAUUCGGUAGUACUCUGCGUCAAGGCUGCUUCGGUGUCCGUGAGUGAUCAGUUCAAAAUCGGGUUGACAUUGCGCUUUCCCCGGUUCAAGAGGCUACGCAUGGAUAAGGACUGGAAGAGUGCGCUUUCCGUACAAGAGUUUAUGGACUUGAAGACGAACGUGGAACAAGAACAAAAAGAUAAGGAGUUCAAUGUCGAGAAUUUCCGCAAGAAACGGGUGAAGACAGGAACCAAAAAGCCAUUGACGAUUGCAGGGUACAGUGCAGAUGCGGAGGUCAAGUAUGACAGACCAACUGGACAUAUUUUCGAUGGUCUUAACUUCUUUAUAAUGACCGAUUCUGGACCCCCGAACAAGAUGUCGAAGGCAGAUUUGGAGCAGCUGGUGAAAUCCAAUGGGGGCAAAAUAUAUCAGACAAACAAUGCAGCUCCUAACAUGAUAUGCAUUGCAGACAGAAGGACUGUGAAAGCGGCCUCAUUGCAAAAGAAGGGCGAUGCGAGCAUCAUCCGACCAGUUUGGAUCCUUGACUGUGUGCGGCAGAAUGAGAUCGACGCAGGUCUUCCGGACUUGCUUCUUCCUCUGGAGCCUAGGCAUAUGUUUUUCACCACAUCUGACAAGGAAGCCGAGGUAGCGACCAGUAUUGACCAGUUCGGUGACAGUUAUACACGGGAUGUCACCAAGGAGGAGCUGAGCGCUUUACUAGAGAAAAUGAGCAACGACAACAAGGUCGAUGCAUCCCAGGGCACCAGAGCCACCGAACGGCUUAGGGAGGAUGUCCUAGAGAAAGUGGAUGCGGGAUGGGAGCUUCCAUGCGGGUGGCUUUUUCAAAACCUAACGUUCUUCUUUCUCAAGUGGAGUGAGCAAGGCGCGGAGUCCGAGCAGCCCGGGCAGGUUAGCCAAGGCUAUCGGUUUCCUUUGGCCCGCAACACGGUCAGAUUCGCAGGCGCUAGCGUUGUCGAUACGGUGACGGACUCGUCCAUCACCCAUGUGGUGGUGGAUCCAGACACCCCAUCUUCGGAAAUCAGCGCAUUACGGAAAACCUGGUCUGGCAAAGCCGGCGGGAAGAUUCCUCACAUUGUCACGGUUGAGUGGAUAGAGGAGAGCUGGAAACAGCGGACGCUCCUGGACGAAGAGAGUAAGUGGGCAGACAGGCUUGUCUGA